CCCCAGACCCCCCACGCCCCGUCCCGGUCUCGUGCGAACAAGAAACGGACACACACACACAUCUCCUCGUCGUGCCAUCGUGUGACGACGUCUCGUCUCGUCUCCCUCUCCCGACCCGACACCCGAGUCUUCUUCCCUUCCCCAAUCUCGCCCUUCCUCCUCCUCCGAUCGAUCCAGCCCCCGCCCCUCCCCGCCCCUCGCCGCGCGCGCGAAGGAGAGAGAGAGAGAGAGGGAGAGAGGGAGGGAGAUCGCCUCGCCGCCGCGGCGUGGGAUCCGGAGGUGGUGUAGCGAGGAUGUCGUCUGAUUCGUCGUCGUGGGCGCGCGCGCUCGUGCAGAUCUCGCCCUACACCUUCUCCGCCAUCGGCAUAGCCGUCUCCAUCGGCGUCUCCGUCCUCGGCGCCGCCUGGGGGAUCUUCAUCACGGGGAGCAGCCUCAUCGGGGCCGCCAUCAAGGCCCCCAGGAUCACCUCCAAGAACCUCAUCAGUGUCAUCUUCUGUGAGGCUGUUGCAAUUUAUGGUGUUAUCGUGGCAAUCAUCCUCCAAACUAAGCUUGAAAGUGUACCAACUGCUCUAGUGCAUCAUCCAGAGUCUCUCCGGGCUGGCUAUGCAAUCUUUGCGUCUGGUCUUAUUGUUGGCUUUGCUAAUCUUGUUUGCGGGGUUUGUGUGGGAAUAAUUGGAAGCAGCUGUGCAUUGUCUGAUGCUCAGAAUUCAUCACUCUUUGUAAAGAUCUUGGUGAUUGAGAUCUUCGGCAGCGCCUUGGGUCUGUUUGGAGUGAUUGUGGGCAUAAUCAUGUCAUCUCAAGCAACAUGGCCUGCAAAAGCCUAGUUCUAUUCAUAUGGCAAUCUGUAAAUUAUUUCGGGGAGACCUAUCAGAAGAAUAUCUGGUCCAGUUGUUUUUAUUUCUUUUUUUUUGUUUGUGCAUUUUUGGCAAAUCACGUAUAUUGAUGCUUGAUGCAUCUGACGGUAGAGAUACUGUUCCUACUGUAAAGACUACAUAACUGCUGCGUAUCUUGUAGGUGCUAUUGCUUUUGCAGAGUGUGGUCUGCGUAUUGAAUAAAACCAUUGAACUCAGGAAUAAAAUACUUCAAACAACAUUUUGCUCA